AUGUGCAAGAAGUCCCCCUUCGGACACAACCUCGAGACCAAGAUGGACGAGGCCGUGCGUCAGAGUUGGCAGCUCGUGCCCUCGCAGGUGAGAUUCGAGAACAUGACGUGGCAGGGCGGGAUGGAGAAACUGUGCCAACUCAUCGCAGACCGACUGGGGUACAGGGAUAUCCCGCUUCAAUGCGUGCUGUACAAGCUGCUGGUGUACGGCGAAGGUGGUCACUUCGUCAAGCACCAAGACACGGAGAAAGAAGACGGCAUGAUCGUCACGCUGGUCGUCCAGCUGCCCAGUUCCCACGAAGGUGGCGACUUGGUCGUGUAUCGAGGGGGCGAGGUGAGGCACCGCCACGACUUCGGCAAGGCCGACGGAACGGCGGCGUUUCUUCCCCAUUACGCCGUGCACUAUGCGGAUGCGGAGCAUGCUCUCGAGAAGGUGACGAAGGGGUUCCGACUCGCGCUGGUGUACUCGAUUUGCCUGCCUCCAACAAUGCGCCACCUCGAGAAAGCUCACGACGCGCCGCUGAGUGAAGACUUGGCUGGUCACAUCAGCAACAUGGACGAAGAAGCCGAUGAACCGUUUGCUCUGUUGCUGUCUCACGAGUAUACGGCGAAGAACAUUCAGGGCCUGGGGACUGGGGCUCUGAAGGGCAUCGACAGCGCGAGAUUCCACGCGCUUGAAGAGGCGAAUGCGCUCGUGCCGGCAGCCAAGCAGCUUGAGUUCUUCAUCGUGCGGUUGGCGCACAAAAUUGAGUACGAUCCGGGUCGUUGGCAAGAAACGCUGUCUCAACUGUGGAUCCCUCAUGGCGCCGAGAAGGAGGAAGGGUACAUGGGCAAUGAAGGACCGACCAAGAACACCAAGAACGAGAACGAUACACCUUUCGCGUAUUGUGCGGGGCUCAGAGAGCGGACAGACAAUGGUACUCUCAUCCCAGUCAUCACGCAGAUUGCCCGCAAGUUUGACUGGGCUAUCAUCGGCGAACCCUUGCUGGCUUGUAUGCGUCAGCACGCGUACGCGCCAAAAGAGGAUGACAGUGGGUACUCAACCAUGGCGUUGGCACUGCUCGUUCUCGACGGACUGGAUAGCGGGACUGCGGAAGAUUCUCUGCUCAAACUUGCAAUGGAAAAGGCGGAAGAGUUCACUACAGAAGAGCUGUGUGCAUCUAAGGUGUCCCUCGCUUUUUUGGAGAAGUCGCUGGAGUGUUUCGGUGGGGUGGAUACGGAUGACGAGAAGGGUGGUUUGCUCGCUCUGCUUGUCUCCAAGCGGAUUGAGUGGCUCAAGAACCAAAUCGAGAAGCUGGACAAGCCAUUCUCGUGGCAAAUGCCAGACGCAAAGUUCCCGGAUAAUGCCAAGGUGGAAGAGUUUCUACAAGGGCUAGCCGAGACGAUGACGAUGGCGAAGGGAGUGCGUAAAUUCAAGGGAUUUCAAGACGCGAGCAACUACGCGGCGAAAUGGACGCGUGGACCGCAAGUCGGCGCCUCGUUCAAGAUGGAGGCGAGCUCCACUGAUGCAAACGCGGUUGUGGCGAUUACGAAGACGCGCAAGUGGUUUACGGAGUGUCAGCACAAGUUGAGGCAGUACAAGGUGGAGUUGACUCAGCUGCGGGAAUACACUGGAGAAACGGAUGACAGCGACAGUAAGAGGGCUCGCUUGGAGUGA